AUGGGCGAAGCUACCGUCAACGGCGACGUGCCGCACUCGGCAUUCCUCUCGCACAUACAAUCAUACCCUCUUGUCUCAGACUCGAUCAAGACCAUUCAAGAGAACCCCUACGGUGUCAAAUCGAUCGAACUGACUAGUGCUGGCUACACGAAAUUUGUCAAGCCUACGCUGCCCUACUUCGAGACACCGGCGUCCUACGCAAAGCCCUAUGUCGCCAAGGCCGAUGAACUUGGUGACAAGUUCCUCACCAAAUUUGACGAGCAAGUUCCUAUUGUCAAGGCCGAGACCAAGGAUAUUCAAGACAAAGUUCUGAGCUACAUCCAUUGGCCCCUCGAGACGGCAAAUACCACCAAGGAUUGGGCUCUGGAUACCUACAAAGAUGAAUACAAAAAGUGCGGAGGAGAAGGCUAUGUGGCAGGCGGCAAGGCGGUCAUCACCACCUCCCUCAUUCUGAGCUCUGAUGUCCUCAAAUGGAUCAGCUCGUUCCUCCAGGCCAAGAAGGAGCAGGCCAAGGUAGUCGUCAAUGAAAAAACCAGCAAAUGA